AUGUGCAUCUUAUUACUCACAACUAGACAUCCGGAUUACCCGCUAAUAUUACUUUCAAACAGAGAUGAAUUCUUUAGAAGACCAACGAAACCAGCUCAUUUUAGAGAGCUAGCCAGCGGAACAAAAAUAUUAUCACCUUUAGAUUUAGGAAGACCCGAACGUGGAACAUGGAUAGGGGUCACUACUUCAGGGAGACUAGCUGUCCUAGUAAACUACAGGGAAGAUGAUCAUUCUAGUAAGUUGGCUUAA